AUGGCUGAGCAGCUGGUCCUUCGCGGUACCCUCGAGGGUCACAAUGGCUGGGUUACUUCCCUGGCCACCUCUUUGGAGAACCCCAACAUGCUGCUCUCUGGCAGUCGCGAUAAGACCCUGAUCAUCUGGAACCUUACCCGCGACGAGCAGGCCUACGGUUACCCCAAGCGCAGCCUGGAGGGUCACUCUCACAUCGUCUCUGACUGUGUGAUCUCCUCCGACGGUGCCUACGCUCUGUCCGCCUCCUGGGACAAGUCUCUCCGCCUCUGGGAGCUCGCUACCGGCGAGACCACCCGUACCUUCGUUGGCCACACCAACGACGUCCUCUCCGUCUCCUUCUCCGCCGACAACCGCCAGAUUGUCUCCGCUUCUCGUGACCGCAGCAUCAAGCUCUGGAACACCCUCGGUGACUGCAAGUUCACCAUCACCGACAAGGGCCACACCGACUGGGUCUCCUGCGUCCGCUUCAGCCCCAACCCCCAGAACCCUGUCAUCGUCUCCGCUGGCUGGGACAAGCUCGUCAAGGUUUGGGAGCUCGCCUCCUGCCGCCUCCAGACCGACCACAUUGGUCACUCCGGCUACAUCAACACCGUCACCAUCUCCCCCGAUGGCUCCCUCUGCGCCUCCGGUGGCAAGGACGGUACCACCAUGCUCUGGGAUCUCAACGAGUCCAAGCACCUCUACUCCCUCCACGCUGGCGAUGAGAUCCACGCCCUCGUCUUCUCCCCCAACCGCUACUGGCUCUGCGCUGCCACCGCCAGCAGCAUCACCAUCUUCGACCUCGAGAAGAAGAGCAAGGUUGAUGAGCUCAAGCCCGAGUACAUCGAGAAGGGCAAGAAGAGCCGCGAGCCCGAGUGUGUCAGCUUGGCCUGGAGCGCUGACGGCCAGACUCUCUUCGCUGGUUACACUGACAACAAGAUCCGUGCCUGGGGUGUCAUGUCGAGGGCAUAA